GGUGAGCUAAGUAAUUUAGCAACGCACAUCUUGGAGAUUUGCAUAUCUGCCCUUACUAAUUGUUACGGUAUUUCUGUGGAACUUACCCACUCUGCAUGAACAUAUUGACAACGGCUGAAAUCAUAAUAUACGAAACUGAGCAGCUAAUGCAAGAACUGAGGGAGCUUUGGAAGCUGCUGUCCAGCCUGAAGACCACAGUGGAGGGGCUGCUGUCCACAAACAACCCCAACGUGUGGUCGCGCUACGGAGGUCUUCAGCGGCUGCACAAAGACAUGAGCAGCAUUCUGAGUCAUGGGCUGAAGAAUGAACAGGUGUAUAACAAGCAGAAGGACUACUGGCGUUUUGUGUGGUGUGUUCGGUACAUCAGCCCCCACCUGGCCUCACAUGUGGAACAGUUCAGCCAGUUGGAGCCAGUGCUGAGCAGUGGCGUGCAGGCCCAGGGUGAGAGCUACAAGGCAGAGCGCUGGCUCCUACACAGCCUGCAGGGCCACCUGCUCUCUGCCCAACUCAAGCCCCUGCUCAAACACCACAACAACACCCGCAAAUAUUACAACGAUGAGGCGUUUGUGCUGAGCGAACCCCACGUCUCUGCAAUGUUCCAGUGCUUGGAGGCCGUGGAGCAGAAUGACCCGCGACUACUGGCUCUCAUCGACACCGUCAGACUCUCCCAUCUGAAGGAACCCUCCUCGCUGGGCCUACUGAAGAGCCAGAGCUUGUGUCUGCUUCCGGGGGCCAUGGGAGCCUGGAGGACGCCAGAGGCCCAGAACGGGCUGUCGCGCCGCAUGACCACGUCCCAGUGCUCCCUGAGGGAGGCGUCGGUCGUCACGCCCCUGGGUCUGGCCGAGAGCAUCUCAGGCGCUGCGAGCCGGCAUACGGAGGUGUCGGACGGUGCAGUUGGAGCUCCGUGGGACUGCGCUGGUGGUGGCGUCUCUGGGGAGCAGCAGCAUCAUCCGUCCUGCUCUGUGCCCCACAUCUCACUGACGGAGCCCCGGCCGGGGGGGGUGGGGACGGGGGUGGGCGUUUCGUCAUCAGAGGCGCUGGAGCUGGACGACGGACCGGAGUACCUGGCCAUCGGGAACCUGGGCCAGCGCAGCCGGCGGCGGGACUCGCACAGCUCCACGCGGAGCAGCGAACAGGGAGAGGGCGAGGGCGAGGGCAGCCGUGGCGGUGGAGAGCCAGUGGGGGGGGGGCAGAGUCUUGCCACCGCAACGGUGCCACGGCGAUGCUCCUUCUCGGAGGGCCAGCGGGGACCGGGACUGGCACAUGGCAGGGGUCACACACGGUCACUAUCUGACACUGGGCUCACGCAGAAGAGAAGGCUUGGUGACCCACAGCACUCCACACUUCUGCUUUCACGUGAACUGUCUAAGGUCACAUAUGGGCAUAAGGCUACAUUACGCAUGCCAUCACAUACAGUGGGUCCCACAGACAGACACUACAGCACAGAGCACUGUGAGUUUUCUAAUGCUGCCUUGUUUAUGACACUCCUGUGGAAGAGCUAUGACCCCUUCUCCCCCCACAGCAGUGAACGUAGCAGCCCUAGCUCUCUCUACAUGGAGUCCAAUGGCUCCCAGUACAGCAGUGUCCCAGAUGGCAUGUUUCGGAAGCCGUCGGAAGGCCAGAGUCUCAUCAGCUACCUCUCAGAGCAGGACUUCGGGAGCUGCGCAGACCUGGAGAAGGAGAACGCUCACUUCAGUAUCUCGGAGUCGCUGAUCGCUGCCAUCGAGCUGAUGAAGUGUAACGUGCGCCGGCAGCAGGAGGCCGAGGAGGAGGGCGACAGCGACAAUGAGAUCCAGCAGCUCAAGCAGAAGGUUGUCCUGCGCCAGGCAACAGAUCCGUCGCGGCGGCUGCCGCUAACAACCCCUCUCACACCACGCAUUCCAUUCCCACCGACAGUGGAGGAUCCUGCCGGGAACUCCCAGGAUUCUGUUCACCUGUCGGACUCUGGCUCUGCUGGAGAAGGUGGAGAAGUUAACUUUCAAGCAACGAAUGUGUGUGUAUGUGUGUGUCCUGCAGAUGGCUGUGGGUGCGAGGCCUUGAUGGUGGUUUCUCAGAGUGGCCUAUCCCUGUCACUCGCUUCCCUCUUCUCAGAUGCAGACAUCAAGAGAAGCGUGACGUCAAGCAGCAGGUCCUUUCUCAGCUCUGAGUCCAUAUCCCCUAGCUUCCUCCAGUCCAACUCUGCAGAGUCCGUGGCCAUGGGGCUCCUACGGCAGUUUGAAGGCAUGCAGCUCCCAGCAGCCUCAGACCUGGACUGGCUGGUACCAGAACAUGAUGCUCCUCAGAAGCUCCUCCCCAUUCCGGACUCUCUCCCCAUCUCCCCUGACGACGGCGAGCACGCAGACAUCUACAAGCUGCGGAUACGAGUGAGAGGCAACCUGGAGUGGGCUCCCCCACGACCUCAGAUCAUUUUCAACAUCCACCCCGCUCCAAAGAGGAAGGUUGUGGUGGCCAAGCAAAACUACAGAUGUGCUGGAUGUGGAACGCGCAUUGAUCCAGAUUACAUCAAGAGGUUGCGCUACUGUGAGUACCUGGGCCGUUACUUCUGCCAGUGUUGCCAUGAGAACGCCCAGGCGGUGGUGCCAGGCCGCGUGCUGCGCAAGUGGGACUUCAGCAAAUACUACGUCAGCAACUUCGCCCGUGACCUGCUCGGCAAGAUUGCAGGGGACCCCCUCUUCAACCCCAGCGACAUCAACAGUGGCCUCUACAAGAAAGUCAAAGCACUGGAGACUGUCAGGGUUUUAAGAGUUCAACUGUUCCACAUGAAGAACCUCUUCAAGACAUGUCGCUUGGCCAAAGAUGUGUUAGAUCAGUUUGACUCUGUCCCAGGCCAUCUGACGGAGGACCUGCACCUGUUCUCGCUGAAUGACCUAAGUGUGGUGCGCAGUGGAGAUCUGGCCCCGAGGCUGCGUGAGCUGCUACGGCAAGGCUCCACCCACGUGGCCAGCUGUGUGCUGUGCCAGGCUAAGGGCUUUGUCUGUGAGUUCUGUGGCAACGACAAAGACAUCAUCUUCCCCUUUGAACUCAACAAGUGCGAACGCUGCGAAGAUUGUAAGGCGUGCUACCACCGCAUCUGCUUCAAGGGUGGCAAGGAGUGCCCACGGUGCCAACGCCUGGCGGCACGGAGGAGGAGCAUGGCACAGAGGAACAUGGAGGAGCAGGAGGACCUGGAGGAAGACCAGGGGGGGGGGCUGAGCCGCCAUGGAAACAGGUGAAGGAGGGAGUGCAUGGACAGAGAAGAGGACUAACCCAGCCUUUCUCUCUCUCUCUGGUCUCUCUCUCUCUCUCUCUCUCUCUCUCUCUCUCUCUCUCUCUCUCUCUGGUCUCUCUCUGAGUACAAACCCAGCCUUUCUCUCUCUAUCUCUGAAACAGAAACAGAGUACUAUGUCCAACGAAGUGGCUUACUGGGCGAUUAUGCCAGAAUCUGAUGAAUGUCAACCUUACUUCACAACCUUUUUUUGUUUUUUCAUUUAAUGUGUUUGAGAUGUAAUAUAAUAAUCGUGUUUAAAUAUGUUUUUUAUGGCUUGUAAAUUCACGUAUGAAAAUGUUCUGCCUCAUUAAUUUAAGUUGAUUUUCUUUUCUUUUUCUUUUUUAAAUUUGGCGGUUUAAAAGCAAAAAAUCUACUAAAAGCACUGAGAAUCCUGUUAUAAUAUUGUUAUUGUCAUAAAAACAUCUUAUGGGGUUAUAGGAAUAUUAAUCACAGAAAUGUCUGUCUGCCUCAGUUCAGUGGUCCAUUGUUUCUCAGCUGCUUGACGUUUUUGGAAGGACUCAUGUUUGCUUAUAUUCCUAGCUAUUCUUGAGCAAUAUCAAGAUAUUGGUCUGAUCGUUCUUGUUGCAGGCUUUUUUUGCCUGUGUGUGUGUGUGUGUGCGCGCGCAUGCGAAAUGUAAAUGCUUGAAAUAUGUGUGCACCAGUUGAAGUGGCCCCCACGCCAGCCUUGUGUGCUAAAGCAAUGCCGCUGUCAUUGGGGUCCUGCUGUGUUUUAUUGCACUGGUAUUUUGAUAAGAGUGCUGGCUUCUAUUUCAUAGCUAUGGUAUGUUUCUGACCUCCUGGACCAGUUCAACCAGUUCACCAGCUGUUAUGGUCAUGGGUAUCUCUGAAACUGAUAUUCAUUUGUCUUGCUUUUAAGGCCAGAGUCUGUGAAUAUACUUAAAGGCAUCUAUCUUGGAGCAAAACAGUCUGACAAACAUUUUUGCUUUUUCCUGAUGUGAUCCUGCGAUUUAAAACUUCCAAACUGCAUGUUGUGCUGUUUGAUCCUUCACCAGCCUUAAGCCAACUACCUGGAAACUGGUUUUAAAUGGUCACUUGGUAAGCCGACUACCUGGAAACUGGCUUUAAAGGGUCACUUGGUAGUGCGGUGCUCAAGCAUUUUCUUGCAGACAGUAUCUCACUCUGGUAGUGGGUCAGAUAGGAUCUGCUCCAGAAUCCACUGCUGUACUUGAGAGAACCAUCUCCCAUGCUGUGGUGUCACAGCACCCCCCUACGGGUGGAGACCAGCAAUAACAACAUGCUUUCCCCCCCCAUUGCCAACGGUUGAAAGCCCUUAUUUGCACUGACACAGGGUGAUGUGACAUGGGGUAAGAGUGAGCACGUGUGUGUAUGUGUGUGAGUGAGAGAGACACACACAGGGUGAUGUGACAUGGGGUAAGAGUGAGCAGGUGUGUGUGUUUUUGUGUGUGUGAGAGAGACACACACAGGGUGAUGUGACAUGGGGUAAGAGUGAGCAGGUGUGUGUGUGAGAAGGUGAAGAGGCUGCUUAUGAAUUGUGUUCAUAUUUUAUUGUGGCUGUUGUCCAUUUUAAAGCCUGCUGACCGCCGCCCCAGUGUGUGUGUGUGUGUGAGACACACACACUGGGUGAUGUCUGUUGUCCAUUUUAAAGCCUGCUGACGGCCGCCCCAAUUGCGCCCCCUGCUGACGGCCGCCCCAGUUGCGUGGGGUUCUUUUUGUUGACGGCCUUUUUUAUGUAGAGGCCUAUUGUAAGAUUAAGUGCACUACUGAUAAAAAUGUGUUUUAAUAUAAAUAUUAUUAAAUACUAUUGUUGGACAAUAAAAUACUAAUUUGACUGUU